UGAAGUUCAAUAGACUCUAGUGUAAACUCUCGUUAACACUAUGAUAUGAUACUCCGUAUGUUUUUAAAGUGUAGUUUUGAAGUGAACUUGGUGUGACGUUCAAAAAAAUUGAACUCGGAAGUCGGAACUCAGCCCCAUUGAAGGCUUUCAAAAUAUUUGUAUGGGAGAUUGGGAGCGUUAGGAGGCGGGCAUCGACAUCAUAGUGGCGUGGGCGGGGCGGCGCCGGCUUUGCAGUCAAUAGCUUGCCUGAAUUCAGGAGGUUAAGGGUUGAAUGGUUAUGGUUAGAGUGUAGAUUUAUUUCACUAUUGCAAUGAGUGACGAAAGAGCGCCAGAAUUUGGGGAACUUAGAGAAGGAGAUUUUGGCGUGGGAGAAGAAGCAAGAGAAGAAUUUGGGGCUAGAAAUGAACAAAGAGAAAGGGAUGAAAAUGAAUAUGGAAAAGAGGAAGGAAGCUAUCUAAGGGAACCGAUUUCAGUGUCAUACCCGAACAAGCGGGCUAAAGAGAUGUUGAUUGACCGUCUCAGCGCAUUGCCAGAUUCGUUACUUAUUCAUAUUCUCUCCAAACUUGGUAGUGAGGAAGCCGCUACUCUUGCUGUGUUAUCCAGAAGUUGGCAAUAUCUUUGGACCGAAUUGCCUGCCUUAGACUUUUGGGAGACCCGGAAACCAGUAGAUUUUGUGCCUUGGGUUCACAGGACGCUUCUUCUUCGUAGCGGAAUUUAUUUGGAAAGAUUUAGGGUUUGGUUCAGGUACAAUAACUGCUUUGCUUCUGAUGUAAAUGCUUGGGUUCAUUUUGCUGUCAAAAAUAAGGUGAAAAAAUUUGCUUUGUUGCUACAAUCAGACGAACACUUUUAUAAGCUUCCUCAAGAGUUGUUUUCUAAUUCGUCAUUGAAAUCGUUGUGGUUGCAAAGAUGCAGCUUGGCUCCUCAUAGAACAAUACAGUGGCAAUCUUUAUCUCAUCUGCAGAUUGAAAAUGUAGAGUUGUGUGAUGAUGUAAUUCAAAAGAUAUUAUUUGGCUGUCCAGUACUGUAUGACUUAAAUCUGUCAGAAUGUUGGGGUUUCAAUUAUCUGCAUGUCAACUCUCAAAGUCUCGCUUCACUUGGUGUAUCAGUGUGUGAAGAUAAGACGAGUAAACAUGUGGUAGAAAUCUCAGCACCCUAUAUUAGGACAUUGAAUAUCGGACUUCAUCCUUCAAAAACAAAGAUGCAGCUCAACAACAUACCAUCUGUUGCUGAUGCUAAUAUUGAUUUCAGUGUGUGUCAUAGCUCUGUGGAAAUGAUGAAUAACACCAUGGAACUUCUUGAAAAGAUUCAGCAUGUCAAAGUGCUCGUACUUGGAUGUGGGCUCAUUGAGGUUCUAUCAAAGAUGGUGGUGCUUGGUUGGCGGCUCCCCCAGUCUAGACAAGAUUGUUUGGUAAUUGAUACAUGGAGAGAUGGCAAUAGCAUUCCUGCCAUUCUAGGCCUACUUGAAUCAUCUUCAAAACUAGAUACAUUGGUCGUACAGUGUUGUGACUCUUAUGAGGAACCCGUCACGACCUGGGAACCAGUGGUGAGGGAUGACCUAGUUUGUGACUUGUUGCAUCUGAAGGCAGUUCGUUUUAUAGGCUAUGCAAAUCCAUAUCUUGCCGGUGAGCCAAUGCUAACAGUGGCUCGAAUCUUGCUUAAGAGAGCUAGGGCCUUGGAAAAGAUGGUGAUCGAUAAAGGAGAAGAUUUGACCAGCUUCCCUUUAGAUGUUUCCCAGAUAGUUCAAACAGUAUUUAGUUAUCCAAGGUCCUCAGAAAAAGCCGUAGUCGUUCUCCACGAACAUGAAUGAUCUCACUAUCUCAGAAGAAAAAAGUCCAUACUCAUUAUGGGAUCGAGUUCAUUUGUUUUACUGCUGUAUUUUGCUUUAAGCUCAAAACUAAUUACUGAGAACUUUAGACCGAUUCAGACUCGUAUUUAUUUAUGAUAUCACAGAUUCACAAACUUAUUUGGCUUCCAAAAGGCUCCGCUAUAGUUGUACUAGUUUAAAGUUUGUCUUUUAUAUCCAUUUACAAUAGCUG